CACCGUCGGGUGACGCGGCCCGCAGUCAAGGCCGGCCGCUCCCGUGUUGAAGAUGGCGGAUUCGGGUGAUGGGGACCGUGCGACCGAAACUGUCAAGGGCCAAGUAUUUGCCGUCGGACCCAGAUAUGCCAACUUGUCGUACAUUGGAGAAGGCGCCUAUGGAAUGGUUGUGUCUGCCAAUGACAAUCAAACGUCCACCAAGGUGGCGAUCAAGAAGAUCUCGCCGUUCGAACACCAGACGUACUGCCAGCGCACGCUGCGCGAGAUCAAGAUCCUGACGCGGUUCAAGCACGAGAACGUGAUCGACAUCCGCGACAUUAUCCGCACGCCGACGAUCGAGAACAUGAAGGAUGUGUACAUCGUGCAGUGCCUCAUGGAGACGGACCUCUACAAGCUGCUCAAGACACAGAAGCUGAGUAACGACCACAUCUGCUACUUCCUGUACCAAAUUCUGCGGGGGCUCAAGUACAUCCACUCCGCGAACGUGCUACACCGGGACCUGAAGCCGAGCAACCUGCUGCUGAACACCACCUGCGACCUGAAGAUAUGCGACUUUGGCCUGGCGCGGGUGGCCGACCCCGACCACGACCACACGGGCUUCCUCACCGAGUACGUGGCGACCCGCUGGUACCGCGCGCCCGAGAUCAUGCUCAACUCCAAGGGCUACACCAAGUCGAUCGACAUCUGGUCGGUGGGAUGCAUCCUGUGUGAGAUGCUGAACAACCGGCCUAUUCCGGGUCGCCACUACCUGGACCAACUGAACCACAUCCUGUCUGUGCUGGGCAGUCCCACGCAGGACGACCUUCAGUGCAUCAUCAACGAGAAGGCGCGAAACUACCUGCAGUCGCUGCCGUACAAGCCGCGCAUCCCGUGGACGACGCUGUACCCGGACGCAGACGCGCGUGCCCUGGACCUGCUGGACCGCAUGCUGACCUUCAACCCGCACCGGCGCAUCACGGUGGAGGACGCGCUGGGCCACCCCUACCUAGAGCAGUACUACGACCCGGCUGACGAGCCCGUGGCCGAGGAGCCCUUCACGUUCGAGACAGAGCUGGACGACCUGCCCAAGGAGAAGCUGAAGGAGCUCAUCUUCCACGAGACGGAACAGUUCAAGGCUGGCGGGGGCACGCACUCGGCGCCCGCCGUCAUGUAGAGUCGGCCCGGUGAGUGACUGCGCCGCCUGCCCCCGUCCGCCCGCUUCCGGCGCCGGAACGUCUGCCGCUUGGGCGUGGACCAUCCCUGGUCACGCGCGGCCGCGCGCUUACGGGGGCGCGCGCCGGCUCACCCGGGAGGGCCCGUUGAGUCACGUCACAACGAAGCCGUCACCUCUUGGCCCAGGGGCAGACUGUGUCAGGUUCGUGUUACGUUUA